CUCCUCACCUGUCUGACAGUCAGAGGCUCAGGAUGGACUUGACGCAGCUGAUGCUGAUGCUCGGCCUCACCCUGCUGCUCUCCCCGGUGUGGAGCUGUAAGAUGAACCGGUGCUUCGAGGAGCAGGACCUGGACGAGGCUGCGGAGAAGAAGCUGAGGACGCACUACCCGCGUCCUCUGGACGUGUCCCCUGCAGCGGCGGCGGCGGCGGACUCUCCCGCGUCCUGCCCGGUGGAGCUGUACCAGCAGCGGCCGGUGGAGCUCAGUGACCGGUCCGUGUCGCCCUGGAGAUACGUGACUAGAACCAUGAAGGAUCACUUCCCCGUCAGCUACUCUGAGGCUGAGUGUCUGUGUUCAGGAUGCAUCCUGAUCCAGGGCAAGAAUCCGCCCACAGAGAGUCACAACUACAACUCCGUCGCCGUGCUGCAGAGCCGAGUGUUCCUGAGGAGGGAGCUCUGCAGCGACGGUAAGAAAUACUACCUGAGGCCCGUCACUGUGGAGGUCGCUGUGGGUUGUACCUGCAUCAGAUACAAUUCCUCUUAGGAGCCACCGCUGCCACAGGGAAACACUACACUCUGCCCUGACCCUGAACACACCACUACUUUCUAUUUAUUUAUUUAAAGCCUCCAAGUUUUCUCUCAGGGGUCGGACGUCCUUCACGAGCAGCUGGAGGUCAAAUACAAACCUUCACAAGUUCAUGCACCUGUUUAUUAUUAUCAAUGACGUGAUAAUCGAUGCCUGUGUGCUGUUGUUGGUCUUUGUGGACCCGUGUCCUCUGGUUUACUGCUCCUGUAAACUGGGUAUUUUAUCAUGCACUUGUUUUCAUAUUGAUGACCUUGUCAUCGAAGAAAGUGGCUAUUGUAUAGUUCUAUAAAACUAAUAAUUUAACAGCUAAUAAUAUUUGAAUAAUUAUCUAUUUGUUUUGCACUUGCUCAUGAAUGGAUGAGGAGGGUUUCUUAUUUAUUUAUGUUUUGUCCCAGUGGGACUUUGAGUCUGUCACAGACGUAAACGUGGAGCUUCUUUGAAGCAGAAUGAAUAAAGAUAUCGAUUAUUUAAGAAUA